AUGGAGCUGAAUAGCAACUCGCAGCACCCAACAGAGGACGAUACCUUGGACGCCCUUUACGAGGAGCCUGGAGCUUACGCCAGUUCGACACGGAAGUCGUUUGGUUGCAGCGACAACAUCACACUCCUGAUCGCAGUCAACGACGCCAAGCCCUGGACAGCCUCGUCUGGGUCGCUCAUGAAGACAUGGACGGACAUAGCAAGCGACCUCAAGGCAAACCGACGUUUCAAGGUGGACAAAGACGGGCAAGGCUGCAAGACUCGCUUCGACAAGCUGACAAAGGCGUACAUGGAGCGUACUCUUACCGCAAUGCGUGGAAGCGGGACGGAUGAAGAAUUCGGCGAAUGCAAGCAACCCUUGGAGGAUAUUUUGUCACAAGUGAACAACUUCGUGGAGAAGAAGAACGCCCAAGCAUCGCUUCUUGUAGCGAAGAAGGACUACAAAAAAAAGAAAUAG